UCCCCUGCUUUUUUGCCCCCUCCCUCUUCGUGUCCCACUCCCCCAAUGAUCUGCUUCUUCUCCUCGUCUGCUUCCUUCCGCCUCCUCCGUCCCUGGUCCCUGCAGCCCCUGGCUACCUCACGCCAAUGCUGCCUCCCCCUGUUUGGCUGCUUUGACCCCCUUAAAAACCUCAGGACUUAUUAUAUCCCACCGAACCCCAUCUUGUACACGCCUCCUGCUAAAUUUCUAACGCCCGAGAAACCAAGAACCCGGCUGGGGCAGGGCAACGCCGUCACCUAAUCCCAACUCCCCCACUUGUACCCAAGUGUCUUCCUUGCCUCGUUGCACGGAGCAGACCAGAGUUACCUGCAGUGGAGGAAGCGAUGAAGGACCUCCCUGUCAUGGAUCCCGAGGCGCCGCCGUCGCCGGGCACUCCUCCCGAUGACAAGGAGGAGAAGCGGGGAGGGCGCAAGGGGAUGCCAUGGCGGAUGACGCUGAGCCUGGCGUACCAGAGCCUCGGGGUGGUGUACGGCGACCUGAGCACGUCGCCGCUAUACGUGUACAAGGCGGCGUUCGCGGAGGACAUCCAGCACUCGGAGACCAACGAGGAGAUCCUGGGCGUGCUCUCCUUCGUCUUCUGGACGCUCACGCUCGUCCCGCUCCUCAAGUACGUCUGCAUCGUCCUCCGCGCCGACGACAACGGGGAGGGCGGCACCUUCGCGCUCUACUCCCUCCUCUGCCGCCACGCGCGCGCCGCGCUCCUCCCGCCCGGCCGCCCCGCCGCCGGGGACGAGGACCAGUUCUUGGACGUCGCCGGCGGUGGCGCCAAGAGGGCUGCGGAGAACGGCAAUGCCGUGACGCUCGGUCGGCGCGGCGGGGGCGCCGCCGCCAGCGUGAGGAGGCUGCUGGAGCGGCACAAGGUGCUCCAGCGGGUGCUGCUCGUGCUGGCGCUGGUGGGCACCUGCAUGGUGAUCGGGGACGGCGUGCUCACGCCGGCCAUCUCUGUCUUCUCGGCGGUGUCCGGGUUGGAGCUGUCCAUGGAGAAGGAGCAGCAUAAAUAUGUGGAAGUGCCUGUUGCUUGCGUCAUACUGGUUUGCCUGUUUGCACUGCAACACUAUGGUACACACCGGGUGGGCUUCAUUUUCGCACCAAUUGUGAUCACAUGGCUUCUAUGUAUAAGCAUAAUUGGUGUUUACAAUAUUAUUCAUUGGGAACCUACUGUGUAUCGAGCAUUAUCUCCAUAUUACAUGUACAAGUUCUUGAGGAAGACACAGAGAGGAGGUUGGAUGUCCCUGGGAGGAAUACUGUUGUGCGUUACUGGUUCUGAAGCCAUGUUUGCUGAUCUGGGACAUUUUAAUCAGCUGUCGAUACAGAUUGCUUUUACUUGCAUGGUUUACCCAGCGCUGAUCCUUGCAUACAUGGGCCAAGCUGCUUACCUGUGUAGGCAUCAUAUCAUGGAAAGUGACUAUAGGAUUGGAUUCUAUGUGUCUGUGCCAGAGAAAAUUAGGUGGCCUGUUCUGUCAAUUGCUAUUCUCGCAGCAGUUGUGGGGAGCCAAGCUGUCAUCACUGGUACAUUCUCAAUGAUCAAGCAGUGCACUUCUCUGGGCUGCUUUCCUCGGGUGAAGAUAGUUCAUACAUCUGCCAAAGUACACGGGCAAAUAUAUAUCCCCGAGAUCAAUUGGAUCCUGAUGAUACUGUGUUUAGCUGUAACCAUUGGUUUCAGAGACACCAAACACUUGGGAAACGCCUCAGGAUUGGCUGUUAUAACCGUCAUGCUGGUCACAACAUGCCUGAUGUCCCUGGUGAUAGUCUUGUGCUGGCAUAAGAGCAUAUUUCUUGCAAUUAGCUUCAUUGUGUUCUUUGGAACCAUUGAGGCGCUGUACUUCUCGGCUGCACUCAUCAAGUUCAGGGAGGGAGCCUGGGUCCCGAUCGUCCUCGCUUUAAUCUUCAUGAUGAUAAUGUGCAUCUGGCACUACGGCACCAUCAAGAAGUACGAGUUCGACGUUCAGAGUAAGGUCUCCAUCAACUGGCUCCUUGGUCUCAGCCCGAACCUUGGUAUCGUACGUGUCCGCGGCAUUGGCCUCAUACACACGGAGCUUGAGACCGGCAUCCCAGCAAUCUUCUCACAUUUUGUCACCAAUCUACCUGCCUUUCACCAGGUGCUCGUCUUCAUGUGCAUCAAGAACGUCCCCAUACCGCACGUCCGGCCCGAAGAGCGGUUCCUUGUUGGAAGAAUCGGCCCGAAGGAGUACAGAAUCUACCGGUGCAUCGUCAGGUACGGGUACCAUGAUUUUCACAAGGACGACAUGGAGUUCGAGAAGGAGCUCGUCUGCAGCAUCGCGGAGUUCAUCCGAUCAGAGCCCUCCAAGGCCAAUGGCAUGUCGGAGGAGUCCGAGAAGGACGAGGAGCGGAUGUCGGUCGUCCGCUCGGGCAGCAUCCGCAUGCUGGAGGAGGACGGCACGGUGGAGAACAGCGUCGGGCCCUCGCGCGCCAGGGAGAUACAGUCGCCGUCGCCGGGGCCGGUGGUGGAGGCCAAGAAGAGGGUGAGGUUCGUGCUGCCGGCGGCGAGCCCAAAGCCGGACGCCGGCGUGCAGGAGGAGCUGCGGGAGCUGUCGGACGCGCGGGAGGCCGGCAUGGCGUUCAUCCUCGGCCACUCCCACGUGAAGGCGAAGAGCGGGUCGAGCUUCCUCCGGCGGCUGGUGAUCAACUUCUGCUACGACUUCCUGAGGAGGAACAGCCGGGGGCCCAACUACGCCGUCACCAUCCCGUACGCCUCCACGCUGGAGGUCGGCAUGAUGUACUAUGUCUGAACCCUGAAACUCCGAGGAACAUAGGAAGAAGAAAAAGGAAAUGACAAAAAGAAAAGAGGGAGAAAUGAAACAAAGUUUUCAGCUGUAUAUGCUAGAUUUUGUAACUGAUGUUGAGCUCUGUUGUAAAUGCAACCUGAUUUUCUUAGGUCU